AUGACCGUGACGUGGGAGAAGCCCCAACUGUCGGAAUCGCACGCUAAUGUCAUUCGUGCUACUUUGCCCCUGGUAGGUGAGCAUAUCAAUGAAAUUACUAGUCUAUUCUACAAGACUAUGUUUCAGAAUCACCCUGACUUGAUCAAGGACCUCUUCAAUCGUGGAAACCAAAAACAGGGCGCCCAACAAAAGGCCCUGGCUGCUUCGGUAGCUGUAUUCGCCUCAAAGCUUGUGAGUGAAAACGAGGGGCUCCCCGCUCAUCUUUUCUCGCGCAUUGGACACAAGCACGCUGCAUUGGGUAUCACGGCGGACCAGUACCAAAUCGUGCACGAUAACUUAUUUUAUGCCAUUGUCCAAGUACUUGGUGCUGAUACGGUGACUGCGGAAGUUGCUGAGGCUUGGGACCGUGUCUAUUGGCUCAUGGCCGACAUGCUCAUCAAGUUUGAGAAAGGACUUUACGAUGAGGCGGGUGUCGAACCUGGUAAGGUGUUCCGCCAGGUCAAGGUUGUUCAGUCUGACAAGUUGACCGACGAUGUAACUUUAUUCAGCAUCGAAAGCACUGAUGCGUCCAAGCCGUUACCAGCUCAUAAGCCGGGUCAAUACAUUUCCGUGCGUGCUCGUCUACCAGAUGGCGCAGGCCAGCUGCGUCAGUAUAGUCUCGUGGAUGACGGUGUCAAAGCAGGUCGUCUAAGCUUUGCUGUCAAGGCUGUCAGCGCCACCGAAAGUGCACCAGCAGGUGAAGUAUCGAACUGGCUUUCAGAAAAUGCCCGGGUUGGUACGGAGCUUGAGGUGUCACUGCCAUUUGGCGAUCUGGUGUUGGAUACCGCGAGCUCCGCACCUGUGGUGCUUGUUUCUGCCGGUAUUGGUGCUACCCCUAUGAUGGGCAUGCUUUCGCGCCUUGUGCACGACAAGUCUGAGCGCCAGAUCAUUGUUCUUCACGUCGAUAAGUCAGCUGCUACGGACGCGUUCGCUUCGCAGGCCAAGCAGCUCGUUUCGAAGCUCUCCAACUGCCGCUUCCAUUCUUGGUAUGCAGAGGGCACUUCUGAUGACACUACGACUAUCGGUGAGAAGCUCAACCUCGGCAAAGAAUCCUUGCCAAAGGAUGCACUCGUGUACCUUUGCGGCUCGACAGAAUUUCUUCAGGCGGCUGCCAAGGAUCUGAAGGAAACUGGCAUUCCUGAGGACAAUGUGCAAUUCGAGCUUUUCACGCCAAACGAUUGGCUCAUUAGUUGA